ACACAACAAUAGGCAACCUCGUGAGAAACGGACGUGCCGCGGGAGUUUUCUUCAAGCGAUCGAUAUUAUGCAAGAGUGUCGCGAGAAUUUUAAGUGAUUCCGUGAUUGCAAAGCGAGGUGCAAAGUGCUUUUGAGGUCUUUACCAAAAAAAAAAGGAAAAAAGAAGAAAAAUGGAAAAAUGGUGCGCUGGGAAAGUUUGUGGGGAGGUGAUUGUGGGAUAGGGUGGUGAAGGGAAAAAAAUCGAGGGUAGUUUUUUGUGUGCUAUGUGAACAUCUGCGAACGGAUGGGGGAUUUAAGAAGAGCAAGACAUGGUGGCUCAAGUUGAUCACUGAUCCGCAAGACAGAAAUAAUGGACAUUUGUGACGUGCAGUGAAAGAUGAGUUCAUUCCUGAUGGGUUACCCACAUCACAUUCAGAGCCCCAUGGGCACAACAAUUGAGCCAAAGUUCCCACCAAACGAGGAGUACCACCACCAUCAUCAUCACAACGGCUAUGCGUCAAUGGGGACGCCGGCUGUUCAAAAUACCGGCGACUACCUACACCAUCAGAACAACUCCCUGCACCAGAACACGGGCAAUUUCAACUAUGCCCAGAGCAUAGGGAGCCCCUUCUACCAUCACCACCACCACGGCUAUGGGGCAACGGCGGGGCAAAUGCCCACCGCGCAAAAUAACUCCUAUUCGCCGGCCGCCGGGGCCGCAGUUACGUCCAGCGGCGGCUACUAUGGUGGCUACUACGGCACCACUGCCACAAAUCACCACCAAAUGAUGGAUCUACCCAUUCAGUGCCCCAACACCGAGCCCACAAAUACGGCUCUGGGUCUUCAAGAACUCGGUUUGAGGCUUGAGAGGCGAAUUGAGGAAGCUGUGCCUGCUGGCCAACAACUCCAGGAACUGGGAAUGCGAUUGCGAUGCGAUGACACGAGCUCUGAGCAUGAUGAUCUUCUCGAUGAGGAUCGUUUGAUGCUGGAUCGAUCACCGGAUGAAAUGGGCUCCCAUGGGAAUGAAGAUGAACUUGGGGAUUCGGAUUCAGAUGUAGGAGAUGAUGCCAAUGAAACCACAACGGAUGGCGAAAGAAUCAUCUAUCCGUGGAUGAAGAAAAUUCACGUUGCUGGAGUUGCCAAUGGCUCCUAUCAGCCUGGGAUGGAGCCAAAGAGACAACGUACCGCCUACACCCGCCACCAAAUUCUCGAGCUUGAGAAGGAGUUCCACUACAAUCGAUACUUGACACGACGGCGACGCAUCGAGAUCGCCCAUACUCUAGUCCUAUCGGAGCGGCAAAUAAAAAUAUGGUUUCAAAAUCGACGGAUGAAGUGGAAAAAGGAUAAUAAAUUGCCAAAUACGAAGAAUGUGCGCAAGAAAACCGACGCCAAUGGUACGGGCAAGAAAGCCAAGAGGGGUACAGCUAGCAAAAAGCAGCAACAGCAGCAGCAGCAGCAAACCAUUCAGAACGAGUGUUUGCGUUCGGAAAGUCUGGAGAGCAUGGGCGACGUGACGUCCCUCAGCAGUGCCCCGUACAUCCCAGCGGCGGACAUGUCGGGCAUCAUGGGUCAGCAACCACCCAUGCACGCCCACCCACCCACCACAUCCACCGCCAAUGGGUCCUUUAUGCAGCAAAAUCAGCAAAACCUCAAUCCCAAUAAUCUCAACAUCAAGAGUGACUAUGACCUCACAGCGCUGUAGAGGACACCACCUCCCUGUGCCGAUGUGAUUCAACCCCCGCCCCAGGAGCCCUGGUUUUGUACAUACAUAGCAGCAGCAGCACCAUCCCCCCUCAUCAGAAAGCUCCACAAAGCUCCGGCAGAAGGAUAAAAAAUUGCGGAGGUAGUAAAGCUCUGUGGGGAGCAUCUCUAGGAACUUUAGGUAUGUAAGUUGAGGAUAUAUAGAUAUUUCUAGGUGAAUAAGUGAACAUUUAAGUCUGUCUUAAACGUAUUACCUUCCCUUUAAGUCUCAUAAGGGUGAGUGACAAAAAUAAUGGGGGUGGAAAUUGAUAAGAGAAAGUGGCUGAAUUAAUAAUUUUUUAAGGUUUCUUUUUUUAAUCAUUUAUUUUGAAAAUUAAAAAAAAAUUAAGGCUGAAAUUUUGAUUAGCAGCUUUCGUUUUAUUUUUUUUUUUAAAUUUUUUUCUUAAGAUCUUUUUGUCAUUUAGAACCAAUUAGAAGCCUUUUUUAACUAAACAAAAUUAAACUUUUGAAGAAAUUUAGAAUAAAUAAAAAGAUGUAAUAAGCCUUAUUCAGCGACCAAGAAACCCUUGAAAUUCGCUUAAAAUCUUGAAAUUUCACUACAAAAUUUAAAGAUUUCAAAGGUAUCUUGGUCGCUGAAUUAGGCCCAAUAUUUGUUUUUACUUAUUGGGCAUUUUAAAUUAUUUUUUUAAAUUAUUCUAUCGUUUUCUUCCCUUUAUAUGAGAAUUUUCUUCUAAGAAAAUUGUUUUUAAAAUAUUUUUUCUCAAAAAAUAAUUCUAACAAAUUUUAUUUGUUAAGCAAAAUUAGCAAAAAUCCCAUAACAAAUUUUAUUUUGUCGUAAAUCUUUAGAAAAUUUUAAAAAUCAUUUAUUUAUAUAACUAUUUGAAUUUUCUUCUAAUAAAAUUGUUUUCAAAAUAUUUUUUACUUUCUAAACUAAUUUUAUUCUGUCGUAAAUCUUAAGGAAAUUUAAAGAAUCGUUUAUUUAAAUAACUGAAAAGACUUCAAAAAAUAAUCCUUCAGCCACUCCCUCCGCAAUAAACUACCCCUGUAUAUAUAAAUUGUGUACAAAAGAGUCUCUGUAGAUCCUCUAAUAAGUAUUAGUUUUUUUCUCCCUUUUGCUGUAUAAAUUAUUCAUUUUCUGCCCAAAAAGUAAAUGGGUUUUAUCCUAGGUUUAGCGCCUUUUUCCCUUUUGAACCAAACUACUGCGUGGACUAAAAUCUUUAAGCUAUCUUUAAAAAAAAAUUCUUCCUUUAAAAUUCUUCCCCAAAAAAUUGGUAAAUCUUCUUCAUUCCAAAUCAGUAUUAUAUUAGAUAAACUUUUAAGGACUUCUAGGGAUCUUAUUUUUUUUUCUUAAUUCUGUGUUCAAAGUUUUUGAAUAUAAAAUUUUACACCCACCAGGAAAUGGUUCAAAAAUCAAUUCGGAAAUGCAGUGAAUUAGUUUUUAAGAAUCUCUCACGCCUCUUGUUGGGCGAUGUGAGUCUCUGAGAAGGAAAAAUGAACUUUCUUGUAAAUAGUCACAUCAUAAAGCUAAAGAAAAAGGGUUAGUUUGUUAAAAGGAAAUUCCAGUAAAUGUAUCGCACCCCGCAAGUUUUCUUUCAAAAGAGGCAUCAUCUUAUAAAUAUUUGUAGGUAUAUAAAAUUGUAUAAAAGGAUUUAGGAGUUUUUUUUUUUGGGUGAAAGAUUUUGAUGGAGAAAAAAACCUUAAAAGUAAAUGGAAAUAGUUAAAGAAAAAAAUUAAAUGCAUUUUACCAAAAUCGUAACAGCAAAAUGGAAAACCAGACAAUAUCAAAAAAGUGACAUAAAAAAUAGUGUGAAGAAAAUUUUAGUAAAAAAAUAAAA